GUGGUGCGGUUCACACUGAGCGAGGCGUCGGUCGGUGCGGGUGUCGAACGAAUGCGCGAACGGGUCCCGGGACGUCCUCGGGAAAUGGAACAUCGUUGAUUGAUCCCCCAUCCCGCCAUCCAUCCACAUCCACCACCCCUUCCGCAGUUCCAAUCGAUCCCGGUAGAGACAGUCCGUCAAUCUGCUUGCACCUUACAGUAGUUGUCUCCCAAACCACCACCACCAACCAUCACACCCCCUCCGUCGUCACCACUUCGUCGUCGUCGUCGUCGUCGUCGUCAAAAUGCUUGCUCAGCGCGCUGGUACCACCGCCCUUCGUCGGGUGGCCGCUGCCCCUAGCAGCGUCUUCAAGCUUGCUCCCUUUGCUGCUAUGCAGACUAGACCCAUCCAAACCGAACGCCUCACUCCGGCCGACGAAGCCGCCAUCCUCGCCAAACAGCGUCUCAACCGCCCCGUCUCCCCCCACCUCGAGAUCUACGACCCCAAGCAAACCUGGUUCGGCGGUUCCGCCUGGCAACGCAUCACGGGCGCCUCCUUCUCCGGCGCCCUUUACGCUUCUGCCGUCGCCUACCUCGCUGCCCCCCUCGUAGGCUGGCACCUGGAGUCCGCCUCGCUCGUGGCUGCCGCCGCUGCUUUGCCUGUGGCCGUCAAGGGCGCGCUCAAGUUCCUGGUCGCUUGGCCGUUUGUGUUCCACGCCAUCAACGGCGUCAGACACUUGGCGUUUGAUUUGGGCAUUGGCUUCUCGAGGGCGACUAUCAUCAAGACUGGUUGGUACUUUUGGGGAGCGAGCAUUGUGGGGGGUGUGUAUUUGGCUUUUUUCAUGUAAAUCAUCAUUCUUAGGAAGAAGGGUGGUUUAGGUGUGGUGAAGCUAGCUUGGUAGAUAAGAGAAGGGAUUGGGAGGAAGGAAGGAGGGAAAGGGGGGAACUACCUACGGUACUCUUGGACAUAAACUCCUGCGGUUAUUUCCACGGAAAAAGAUUGGGUCGUGCUGUAUGAGUAAACCUGUUACCUGAGGAGAGGAAGGGGAGGGAGGUUUGUUGAAAUGGAGACAUUCACUUUUUUUUUUC